AUGGAGAAACUUCAGUCGAAAGUCGGACAGCUUCCUGUUCUUCUUCUUGAAACGUUUCAAAACUGGGGAAUGACGCAAAAGAUGACAGUAAUUUCUGUCAAACCCAAGACGGUUGAAGAAGUUAAAAAAGUCGUUAAGGCGAUCAAAGGUUAUAACACAGAGAACAAUCAGCAGGUUUCCCUGCGCUGUGUGGGUAAAGGUCAUUCUUGGUCUCCUCUCUUCCCAGACGAUGGAAAUGUUUUGAUGUUUACCUCACAACUGAUCCCAAAGUCUGGAGAGCGCAUUACACUUAAUGAGGUUUGUUUCUGUGCAUUGAAUAUCAUGUUUUAA